UGAAAAUUUAAAAAAACAACCAAGUUAUAAUUUCAUUUUAAGCGCAAGCAGCAAUUAUUGGUAGUUAAUAGUCAAUUUAAAGUGAACGUCACUCGCAAUCGCUCUUGAGAGGUCAGGCUAAGCGUCUUCUUAAUAACCCAAUCGAAUUAGCAGUAAUGUCGACGCCGAAUUUUCUUUUAAGCAAUGGCAAAAAUAUGCCAAUGGUUGGACUGGGGACAUGGCGUAGUCCACCCGAUGUCCUAACGCAGGCUGUAAAAGAUGCCAUUGAUAUCGGUUAUCGUCACUUCGAUUGCGCGCACAUUUACGGCAACGAAGCCCAAGUCGGCGUAGCUAUUGCUGAGAAACUCAAGGAAGAUGUUGUAACGCGUGACGAACUGUUCAUCACAAGCAAACUAUGGAAUACUCACCACAGACCCGAUUUGGUGCGACCUGCCUGCGAGACAAGUAUGCGAAAUCUGGGUGUGGACUAUCUGGAUCUAUAUCUGAUGCAUUGGCCCAUGGCCUACAAGUCGGGUGAUAGUCUCUAUCCUACAUGUCCAGAUACUGGCAAAGCUGUCUUCGAGGAUAUUGACUUCGUGGACACCUGGCGGGCCAUGGAAGAGUUGGUGGAUAGAGGUUUAUGCCACGCUAUUGGAGUAUCUAAUUUUAAUGAGCAGCAAAUAAAUCGAUUGCUAAGCGUGGCCAAGCUGAAACCCGUCGUCCUGCAGAUCGAAUGUCAUCCGUAUCUGCGACAGAAGUCCUUAAUUACACUCUGCUAUGACAAUGCGAUUGCUGUUACUGCUUAUAGUUCGUUGGGCUCGGCUCACACGCCCUACGAGAAACCCGGUGCCUACCCACUGCUGAAGCAUCCAGUUGUAUUGGAAAUCGCUGCCAAAUACGAUCGUAGUCCAGCCCAGGUGUUAUUGCGCUUUCAGACACAAUCGGGCAUUAUUGUCAUACCUCGAUCAGUGAGCAAACAUCAUAUGUAUGAUAAUUUUAAGGUUUGGGACUUUGGAUUGGACAAUGACGACUUGCAAGCCAUCGGCGAUCUCGAUUGCAAUGGUCGUUUCAUGACGAUGAAAGCCGCUUAUGGACAUCCUCAUUAUCCAUUCGAAAUUGCAGUACCAAAACAAACAUAAAACAUCUUCCAUUAUAAAUUCACAUAUGUUCUUGUGUGUAACUCUAAGAGGCUGUAUAUCAUUCUUAAAAUAAUUAAGCUUUUCAUUUCUUAUAAUAAACAUCUUUAGUGUCAACAUA